AUGGAUAAAUAUCUAAUAAUUUCGAAGAAGGCAAGUUCAAGUAAACGAACAAUUCAAGAAGUAGAUGAUGACACUGCAGAUGACAUUGGUUCCAAUCAAAAUAUAGAAACACCAGAACAUACAUCACUUGAAACCUUACAAAAAUCAUAUUUGUUUAAUGGACAGUUCUUUACUAUUAUACAUUGCGACGGACUUAAGUUAAUAGCACAAUGCAAAAACUGUUCAAAAGUAAUUCAUGGUCAAAAAAUGUCAACUGGAAAUUUCCUAAGCCACUUAAAACAUAAACAUAAAGUAUUAUUACAUCAAGUAGAAGAGGCUCGAAGCAAUGCUAAACUUUCAAAUAAAACAAAUGUAUUUACCCGACCAACCAAAAAACUUACAAAACAACAGAUAAAUAAAGUAGUGUUUGAUUAUAUCAUUGAUGAAAUGAAGCCUCUGGUUACAUGCGAAAAACCUUCUUUUCAAAAGCUAAUCAUGGAAUUGUCUGGAAUUACUGAUACUGCUUUAUUACCAAAUAGAAAACAGUUAGCAAGUGAUUUAAAAGAAAGAUAUACAACAUACAAAAUUACACUUUCAGAAUUAGUAAAAAAACACUUAUAUAUUUGUAUCACUGCCGACAUCUGGACUGCCAAUAAUAAAAGUUUCAUGGGUAUGACAUGUCAUUUUAUUGAUAAUGAAUCUUAUGCAAGUCGUCACUCCUAUGUUCUUGGAUGUAGGAGAAUGAAAGGUACACAUGAUUUCUUAAAUAUUGCUAAAGUUAUUACAGAAAUAAUGGAAACAUACAAUUUAAAUAAUUCUAAAAUCACACAUAUAGUAACAGAUAAUGCUACCAACUUUGGAAAAUGUUUUCAACAGUCAAAUGAAUAUGAUGUUGGAAAUUUUAAUAUUGAUGAUUCAGAUACUGAGUGUGCAAUCGAUUAUGAUCACGACUCUGAAAUUAUUACUAGAUGGAACUCUAAAUAUGAUGCUACUCAAAAAGUGUUAUUACAUAAAAAGAAAUUGGAUAUCAUAUUUGAUGUAUUGAAGUUAAAUAAACUCAAACCUAAUGAGUGGUUAUUUUUGGAAGAAUACUGCCUUUUGUUGAAACCAUUAUCAAAUUCGUUGGACAAGUUACAAGGAGAAAAAAAUAGUUAUCUUGGUUAUGUUGCUCCUACGUUAAUAGUCUUGAGAAAAUUGUUAAUUCAGUCAAGUAAUGUAAAAUACUGCAAACCAUUAGCUUCAGCAUUAAUUAGUUCUCUAGAAAAAAGAUUCAACUACAUUUAUGAUUUAAGUAAUGCAAAAAGCAAGAAUUUUAUUGUUGCCUCAAUAAGUCAUCCGAAGUUUAAAAUGAGUUGGGUCCCAGUACGAUAUAUAAGCUUAUGUAAAGAAUUAUUUUUAAAUGAAUGCAAUAUAUUUAAAGAUGAAAAUUCUAUAUCUGAGUCUGCAUCUGAUAAUGCAGACAGUGAUACUAGUGAUGAAUUCUAUAGUAAUUUAACUGGACAUUUAACCACAUUUUUUCAUCCGCCUGCGCAAGAUAGUGAUUCAGCUGAAAUUGAUACAAGUGUUUCAAAUACAGCUGGUGUUGAAGCAUUAACAUAUCUUAACUCAAAAAAAAAAGAACUUAUGUCACUUAAUGAUGUUCCAAUUGUCAAACAAGUAUUUCUUAAGUAUAACACAACCUUACCAUCGUCAGCUCCGGUUGAAAGACUGUUUAGUAAGGCCAUACAGGUGUUAACUCCUAGACGUAAUCGUCUUAGUGAUGAUGUUUUUGAAAUGCUUUUAUGUUGUAAGUCUACUGAAUGA